AUUGUGAAAGUGUGCAUUUUGAAUUACAAUGCCGGAUUGAUAUGUUCGCUAAAUUGAAAUAGCAUGGAUUUAAGGUUAUGAUAGAUUGAAUAAUUAUAGAUUAUUAAAAUUAAUUUAUAAAACUUAUUUAUUUGUGUGAUUAUUAAUAAAUAAUAGCGAUUGGAUGAGCGAGGCUCGAACGCCUAACCUCAGGAACGUAAACUACAACACUCAUGUGUUAGCCAACUGCGCCGCCAUCCCUUCUAUGCAUUUCUGGCCAAAUUAACAUAAGGUUGUUUCAAUUGACGUCCUUCCCUCAAACGCGGUAGCAAGAUUCGUUUUCCUGUUAGAAACUGUUUGAAGAAAGCCAAUCGAUAACUCAUAUGGGUCAAACAACUUUCGUCUCUGUGCUUUUGUUCCUUCCUUACCUCUCGGCUAUACACGGCAGACGUUACCAAGAUUACACAGAUCAACUCUUAAGUUCCGCCCAGCAAGACAAAGAUUGGUUGGUUUCCAUCAGGAGGCAAAUCCAUGAAAACCCGGAACUCCGCUUCCAAGAACAUAACACGAGUGCUCUUAUCCGCAAACAACUCGAUCAACUUGGCAUCCCUUAUUCAUACCCGGUUGCCAAGACCGGUAUAGUUGCCCAAAUUGGCUCUGGUUCUAAACCCGUAGUUGCUCUUCGGGCUGACAUGGACGCUCUUCCAAUUCAGGAGCUUGUGGAAUGGGAGCAUAAGAGCAAAAUAGAUGGCAAAAUGCACGCAUGUGGGCACGAUGCUCACACUACCAUGCUCCUUGGUGCUGCCAAGUUGCUUAGUCAACGCAAAAAUAGCCUUAAGGGAACUGUCAGACUACUUUUCCAACCCGCAGAGGAGGGAGGUGCUGGUGCAGCUCAAAUGAUAAGGGAAGGAGCUCUCGGUGAUUCUGAAGCAAUAUUUGGAAUGCAUAUUGAUUGCCAAACCCCCACAGGAAGCAUAGCAUUGGUUCCAGGGCCACUUUUGGCUGCUGUAAGCUUCUUUGAAGCCAAAAUAGAAGGAGUUGGUGGGCAUGCUGCAGAGCCCCAUUAUACUGCAGAUACAAUACUUGCUGCAUCCUUUGCAAUUUUGGCAUUGCAACAACUGAUCUCUAGAGAAGCUGAUCCACUCCAUAGCCUAGUGUUGUCUGUUACUUAUAUCAGAGGUGGGUCUGCAUUCAAUGUAAUUCCAUCAUAUGUUGAAUUUGGGGGUACUCUAAGGAGUCUCUCCACGGAAGGCUUACAUAAACUUCAACAGAGGUUGAAAGAGGUCAUAAAAGGCCAAGCAGCCGUACACAGAUGUAAUGCUUAUAUAGACAUGAAAGAAGAAGAUUACCCUUCCUAUCCUGCUGUUGUUAAUGAUGAUAACUUGCAUCAACAUGUUCACAAGGUUGGUGGGCUUUUGCUUGGUCCUGAGAAUGUCAAGAGGGGCAACAAAGUUAUGGCAGGGGAGGACUUUGCCUUCUAUCAAGAAGUAAUCCCUGGAUACAUGCUAAGCAUUGGAAUUAGAAAUGAGGAAGUUGGCUCUAUUCAUUCACCUCACUCCCCUUACUUCUGCAUUGAUGAGAAUGUCCUUCCAAUUGGGGCAGCUUUACACACUGCCCUGGCAGAAAUAUACCUGAAGGAGCGGAACGAUUCUAUUGCACAUUAUAUUUGAAGGAUUUCUAUAACAAGAAAAAUUACAUUUUGCUGAUGUAUUCAACUUGUCUGUAUUAUGAAAUCAAGGGAAGUGAUCCUAAACCAUUUGUGCUUAUGUGCAGUAGCACACUUCCAAAUAGAUGGUGCACUUUGUUCUAAAAAGAAACUAGUACAUUUGCAAAAGAAAAUGAGGUGUUCAUUAAUCAUAAGCGUAAUAGUUUGCUACAAAAAUGUCUGGUGUAAGGAGGAGACAGUUCUUCCCAAUUCAGACUGCAUUUUGCUUGGAUAAAAGAGCAGCAGCUAUUUGGAAGGUGCAGAUUGUAUUUGUAAAGGCUUUUUUCUAUGGCAGUUAGAAAAGUUGCGACUAAAAA